AUGAAUGAAAUAUAUGGCGAAACAGUCGAUAAUGAGUCUCGCUGUGUGCACUGGCAUUCGCCUUUGGACGUUAUAGCUUUGAAAUUCAGGUGUUGUCAGCGUUUUUACGCCUGUUAUUCAUGCCAUGAACUCACCGGCCACACGCCACAACGAUACCGCUUGCCCUCUCAGGAAAAAGUAGUAAUGUGCGGAGUGUGUCGUACUCCAAUGACUUUCGAUCAAUAUGCUCAAUUAAGUUGUCCUAAUUGCUCCGCUCUGUUUAAUCCAGGCUGUAAGAUCCACUAUGAUAUGUAUUUCCAAAUGCCCAAUUAA